AUGCCCUUUUAUGCUGUUGCAAAAGGCAGAAAACCUGGUAUAUAUAAUAACUGGACAGAUUGUCAAAAUCAAGUAAAUAAAUUUCCAAAUGCAAAGUAUAAAAAAUUCAAUACUUAUGAAGAAGCCAAAUCAUUUGUAGACAAUAAUGGUAACACAAUUCAACAAAAUAAACCAGCAACACAACAUGUAACAACACUGGUUCUUAUGAUAUCAAAACCAAAACAAAUUGAAGAAGCUAAAAAGAAAAAUAAGAAUAAGAUAAUACUUCGAAAUGGUGUCCCUACUCCUAUUACUGAACAUAUUUAUGUUGAUGGAGCUUCACGAGGUAAUGGACAAAAUAAAAAUGCACCAUCUGGUUAUGGAGUUUAUUAUGGACCUAAUGAUAUAAGAAAUGCAAGUGUUGGUUUACAUGAAGUUGAUUUCAAUCAAACACCAACGAAUCAACGUGCAGAAUUACAUGCUAUGAAACAUGCAUUGGAAAAUAUAUUAAAUGAAUUGAAUUCAAAUUCAAAUAAAAGAAGUGAAAUUUAUUCUGAUUCAAAUUAUUCAAUUCAAGCAAUUAAUAAUUGGUCAAAUACAUGGAGAAAAAAUGGUUGGAGAAAUUCAAAAGGUGAACCAGUUGCUAAUUCAGAUAUUAUACAGAAAGCAGUGAUACUAAAAGAUGAAAUUAAUCAAAAAUAUAUAAACAAAGGUUGGGAUCCAAUAAAAUUUGUGCAUGUUAAAGGUCAUGCUGGAAUUCAUGGAAAUGAAGAAGCUGAUAGAUUGGCUAAUAUUGGAGCUGAUAGAAUGUUACGAUAUUUAUGA